AUGGCGGCGGCGGCGGAGCGGGGCCGCCUCAGCUUCCCGGGCGGCGCGGGCGCCCUGGGGCGGCCCGUGCCCAUGAACCUCUUCGCCACCUGGGAGAUCGACGGCUCCAGCCCCAGCUGCGUCCCCAGGUUAUGCAGCUUGACAUUAAAGAAACUGGUAGUCUUAAAGGAAUUGGAUAAGGAACUUAUUUCUGUGGUCAUUGCUGUCAAAAUGCAGGGCUCUAAACGCAUCCUGAGGUCUCACGAGAUUGUAUUGCCCCCGAGUGGACAUGUGGAGACAGAGCUUGCACUGACCUUCUCUCUGCAGUAUCCUCACUUUCUGAAGAGAGAAGGCAACAAGCUUCAGAUCAUGCUGCAGCGACGGAAGCGGUACAAGAACCGAACGAUUCUGGGCUACAAGACUCUGGCUGUGGGGUCUAUCAACAUGGCUGAGGUCAUGCAGCAUCCAACAGAAGGUGGCCAGGUCCUGAGCCUUUUCAGUAAUAUCAAAGAAGCUGCAGUGAAGGUGGCAGAAAUCUGGAUCUUCUCUUUGUCAAGUCAGCCAAUUGACCAUGAAGACAGCACUAUGCAGGCCAGCCAGAAAAUCAAGUCUACAGACAACUAUUCCGAGGAAGAGUACGAGAGCUUCUCUUCUGAGCAGGAGGCCAGUGAUGAUGCCGUACAGGGCCAGGAUUUGGAUGAUGAUGAGUACGAGCUGGGGAAGCCCAAGAAGCAGCGGAGAUCGAUAGUAAGAACGACGUCCAUAACCAGGCAACAAAACUUCAAACAGAAGGUUGUGGCAUUGCUGAAGAGGUUUAAAGUGUCUGAUGAGGUUCUGGAUUCAGAGCAGGACCCAGCAGAGCACGUUCCAGAGGUGGAAGAGGACUUGGACCUUCUAUAUGACACUCUGGAUAUAGAAAACCCUAGUGACAGCGGGCCAGAAAUGGAGGACGAUGACAGUGUCUUGAGCACUCCAAAGCCAAAGUUAAAACCUUACUUUGAAGGACUGUCACACUCCAGCUCUCAGACAGAAAUUGGUAGCAUCCACAGCAUCAGGAGCCAGAAAGAGCCAUCAAGUCCUCAGGUAGAAGUGCCUGAAAAGUCCAAGAGUCUUGGAACCAAACAUGCAGGCGACAGUAUUUCUGACACUGUCUCUUACGAGUCUAACCAGCAAGCUGAGGUCCAGGAAGCUGAACUUCCCACACCAGACGUGUUUGUCGAGAAGCUCCCACCCAGUGGAAAGAUCACCAAGACUGAGUCCCUCAUUAUCCCAUCCACCAGGUCUGAAGGAAAGCAGACUGGACGUCGGGGAAGAAGCACAUCUCUGAAGGAGAGGCAGCCAGUGAGGCCGCAGAAUGAGAGGGCAAACAGUCUGGACAAUGAACGGUCUCCAGACACCCGCCACCACUUACAGAUCCCCAGGAAAACUGUAUAUGACCAGCUAAAUCACAUCUUGGUUUCUGAUGACCAGCUGCCAGAAAACAUUAUUCUUGUCAAUACGUCUGAUUGGCAAGGCCAGUACCUAUCAGAUGUCUUGCAAAAGCAUACUCUGCCUGUGGUCUGUACGUGUUCCUCGGCUGAUAUUCAGGCGGCUUUUAGCACUAUUGUCUCCAGGAUACAGAGAUACUGUAACUGCAAUUCCCAGCCUCCAAACCCAAUUAAAAUUGCAGUGGCCGGAGCCCAGAAUUACCUCAGUGCUGUGUUGAGGCUCUUUGUAGAGCAGCUGUCUCACAAAACCCCAGACUGGCUCGGCUACAUGAGAUUUUUGAUCAUCCCUCUAGGCUCUCAUCCAGUGGCCAAGUAUCUGGGGUCUGUAGAUUAUAGAUACAACAACUUCUUCCAAGAUCUAGCGUGGAGAGAUCUGUUCAACAAACUUGAAGCACAGACCACUGUUCCAGAAACGCCUGAUGUUGUCUCCAGAAUAACGCAAUAUAUAGCAGGGGCAAACUGUGCACAUCAGUUGCCCAUUGCUGAAGCGAUGUUGACAUACAAGCAGAAAAGCCCUGAUGAAGAGUCUUCGCAGAAGUUCAUUCCCUUUGUCGGGGUGGUGAAGGUUGGAAUAGUGGAACAAUCUUCUGCAACAUCAGGUGACUCUGAUGAUGCAGCUCCCUCUAGCUCCAGUGUCCUUUCUUCUACCCCACCGUCUGUGUCGCCUGCUGUUAAGGAAGCCUCCCCCACACCACCUUCCUCGCCAUCUGUCACAGGCAGCUUCUCAUCCUCAAGCCAGAGCCUUGGUGCUGAGUUGAUGGGUCUGCAGGUGGAUUACUGGAUCGCAGCUGCACCCAUGGACAGAAAAAGAGACCCGGAGAAGAAGGACCCCUCCACUACCAAAAACACACUGAAAUGCACUUUCCGGUCCCUCCAGGUCAGCAGGUUACCCGCUAGUGGCGAGAUCGCUACCACUCCAACAAUGUCCAUGACUGUUGUGACAAAAGAAAAGAACAAGAAAGUGAUGUUUUUGCCCAAGAAAACUAAAGACAAGGAGGUGGAGUCAAAGAGCCAGUGUAUUGAAGGAAUCAGCAGGUUGAUUUGCACAGCAAAACAUCAGCAGAACAUGCUGCGGGUCCUGAUCGAUGGGGUGGAGUGGAACGAUGUCAAGUUCUUUCAGCUGGCAGCGCAGUGGUCCUCUCAUGUCAAGCACUUUCCCAUCUGCAUAUUUGGACACUCCAAAUCUAACUUCUAGCCGUGCUCGGCGGAGGGACCUUCUGUCCGUCCCGGAGACUGCACACCAGGAGCCAGGAAAUGCGUGCCAACUCUGACUUGCAUUGCUCUGCCCUCUCUCCUGCAGAAUUACUUACAGAUGUGCUUGGAUUACUUUUGAAUUACUUUUUUCUAUUAACUCUUAAGUUUACUACAAGGGAAGGAAACCCCUUUAAACAAAGGCAAAAAAAAAAACAGUCUUAAAUAUAGAUGUGCUGACAACAUAAAGUUGUGGGGGAGUCGGCAGGAGCAGGCAGCCUGCCCAAGAACACCUACCACUUAUGAGCAGAUAGCUGAAUAACUGCACUGCUUAUUAACCUGAGACCUCAUUGGUGUGUGUGGGCUGGGGGAGCCGUGGAUCCGCUUGAAUGGGUUUUUGUGAAAGGUCACACGCAUUACAGUGUGUCUAGCCCCCUCCCUCUGUAUUCCUAGGAAGAAAAAAAGAUGGCCAGUCUUUCUUUCUACUGCCAAAGGACGAGAGAUCAGUGAGUCUGGAGGGAGUUCAGCUGUCUGGUUUGAAAAACAAACCGACUGCAUAGCUAGGGAGGUCAGGAGAGGAGAUCCCCCUUCAGUGCAAGGAGUGGGUCUGUCAUGAAGGCAGGCAGGUGUUUGUGCUGAGGUGAGGCCUGAGGAGGUUGGGCAGGAACAGAAAUUAGGAAACACUAGAUGUAAGAAACUGCAGUGUCCCAGGUCUGUGACAAUGACCAAACCGAGCCAGUCACAAUGUCCCUGCAGCUGGCUGUGCUGCUGGAGGACACCACGUCAGUGGGGUCGCUGCUAUUUACAUACUCGCACCGAUUAUUUACCUGUCAAUAAAACCUCAUCCAGCCUCUAAAGGGAAAGGAUUUUUUUUUAAUAGCUGCAGACUUUUUUUUAACACUUCCUUAAAAGAAAAAGUUUUAAGUUGCCAAAAAAAAAGAAAAGAAACCCAGGAAGAUGAGCCGUUGUCUAUGAAAUGAUGCAUCACUGUAGUGACUGGACUCGGAGCCAGCUAGGCGCCCUCCACGUCCAGCUGCCUUCCCAUCCAUCUGUCAAACUGCACGUGUGAGAUAGCGUGGGCUGCUUUCUCUGCUCUGCCUUUGUCCUGCCCUGACCGCGCUGUGCUCUAGCGAGCCUGCUGCCGUCUCCCUUGUGCACCUCCCCAGUUUGUGUGCAGUGGCUUCAGAGCCGCUGCAGAAGUGUAAUUUCACCAUGCCCUCUUUGUCCCUGUGAGGACAGGUCCUAGGUGAUUAAAGAACUGUAACAAAAAUAGAGGGUGCUAAGGGCACGUGGCCUCCUGCGGGCCUGGUCUGUAGAUGGAAUUUGUCCUUGCCUUCUCAUUUCUGAAUAUUCCUUCCCAUGGGCAUUUCUCCAUGGGUCACAUCCUUUCCCUGGCAGAGCAUUGCCUGUGGGUUGGGGCUUUGCUAUGGUUUCAGUCCCAAACUGCAGUGGAGGUAUAGCUUGGACAUGAAAGAGGAUGAAGCCAGCUGGGUUCUCUGUCUGCCUCAGGCAGCAAGACAUCCUGAGAGCUGGAGGAGCAAGACUUUUGGGUGUCUUCCACCCAAGUUCAGAUUGACUUUUUGGGUCUCACCCUUAUGGGCAGGCCAGGCUCCACAAGCAUUUCUUGAAGGCCCUUCCAGAGGGGCAGUGAUGAUUCUGAGCUUUUUCCAACAUCUACUGGUCAGUAAAUUCUUUGUCUAAUCUUUACCCUUGAGUUUUUUAAAGGUUGGAGAAUCUGCUUUGUGCUCUGUGGUGUGUCCUGGUCUGCAGAGGGGUUACCCAGCUUAUUCUAGGCGGGGAGCUGAUGGUGUGCUCUGUUAGGCAUCCUCCUGCUAAAGAGAAGAGAGGUUGUUAGGCAAGAGGGUAGUCCCUGCUGGAUCUGGUGUCUGUUGCAGCUAACAUUGUGGGCUGCUCUGCAGACUGUUCAUGAAACCCUUUCCAAGAACAAAUGCAGCUUGCUUGGCUGGGAACUGGGUAUUCCCUUCAAAUCACACAUGGGAAGAUGUUGUGGUCCAGUGCACAGUAACAUGCUACUGGGCAGGCCCUGUCACUUUAAUUGCAAUAUUCCCUGUCUUCCCACAGUCCCGGGGGCAGGUCUGCAUCCUGUCCGCUAGCGCUUGGCCGUGGCGAAGGCUCGACUCUCGUUUGAAUGUAGGUAUGUCUGUUGGUUCAAGCGUUUCAAGUUGACCUGAACUGGUCUGAUGCUCCAGGAUUGUAUAGCGUUGCCUAGCAGCAAUAGCGUGGGAGCCCAUGUAUAAGCACAUCACUUUUUUUUUUUAACUGAGGCUGUUGCAUCAAAAAGCUUUUUUAAAGGAAAUUAGUCAGUGUGAUUUUUUUUUUUCUUGAGUCUCACACUUGUGUGAGGAGAGCGAUUGGGCUCGGUUCCAGCAGCAGGAACCGCACGCAGCCCAGGGUGCCGGCGCGCGGUAUCGCCGCGGAGGUGGGGUGAACUGACCGACUGCAAUAACUUUGUUUACUGGGGGGCGGGAGGGCAGGGGGAAACCAUCACUGUGCUCCUCUUUGUAUUUCAACCUACUGUAGAGAAACAAACGGUAGCUAGUACAGGAUUUCCAGGGUCCUGCUCAUCAAGUACAUGUUGCCCUGCUCUAUUCUGUAUGUACGUGUGUGUGCGUAUGUGUGAGAGAAAAACACUCCGACUUGUUGCAUUUCACGUUCGUUUAUGUUUUGCUCUAAUUUUAUACAAGUGAACUCACCGGGAAACUCUUUGCACCUGAGGGCUUGCCUCUCUGUGGGGUUUCUCUCCUGCGGGGAGCUGCCUUCGCUCUGAAAUGAGGCGCUCGUUCUUGCAAGGAAGCUUCCUGGUUUCUCAGCCUUGUGCUCCCGCGUCUGCCGGGGCCAGCUGGGCCUGGCCCCCGUCAGCCCUGGAGCCAAGGGUUGGCAGGUGAGUUUGGUGCUGCUCUGAUCAGGGUGUGUUGUGCUGCUGUCAUUUCUCUUGUACCAUAUGGAGCCGUUUUCUGCAGCUGUUUCUUUCCCUGACUGGAGAGGAAACAGGUCGCUAUCUCUAAAGCAAACAAAUGUCAAAGUGAACAAGUGGUUCAGACAGGUUUGGGAAGGGGUUUUGCACCCGGUGAGCAGCUGAGCUCAGGGCUCCCACAAGGCGCUCUCCCACCUUCUCCCAGCGAGAGCUGCCAGGGCAGCACUGGGAUCGAGCCGGCAGAGGUGUGCCAGCACGGCGGGGUGAGGUGGCUGCUUGGGAGCUGAUGAUACAGGAAGAUGGCUUGAAGCAGGGACUGGCACAGCUCACGUUCGACUCUUUUGGCACAGCAAGUGCAACUUGAACAAAGAAACGCAGAGGUGUUAUCUUGCAGGCCUGUGUCAGAUGGGGCCUGCUUUGAGUGAAAGCCCGCCUGUCUGUCCAGCUCUGGGGCUGGGCUCUCCAGUGAAGGCGCAGCCCUGCCCCGCUCUCAGGCGUUGCUCUUCCCACUGCUCGCUCUCUUGAGGCGGUGCUGUGGAGGCAGCAUCAGCAGGGCUCCCCGUCCCUUCUGGGCUGCUGUUCGCUGCUCUCCUGACUGUGGCUUCUCAAAGCAGCUGGUGUCUUUUGCAGUUUCUCUUAGGAAACUGGUCCACACCUUGCUCAGAGGUGAGGUCUCAGGAGAGAGCUUGUUGCUGUGCUGGGCUGUGAAAUACUGAUCUAGUUUAACAGCUGGUGAGCAGACAAAAGAUGGGAAGUUCUGGUGGCAUCGUGUUGUGCCUUGAACACUUCCCUGGUUGGAUUUUCCCAGAGUUAGAGGGUUGGCCUCUGCCUUGCCAAUGGUCCAUCACCUGCCGGCUCUUCUGCUGUGCUGGCCACUGCAGAGGGAACUCAGGCAGCUCUUUUAGCUCAGUGCUGCAUUUGCAAUCCAGUUAUAUUGUCACUGUUUAUAUCUCAGUGGUAACUGCAGGAUCUCUCUUAGUUACCAGUGAGUUUGGGGAGAGCCACUGUCUCCUCGGCUGCGUUUUGCUGCUCUAAUUAGCAUGUGCUUGUUGCUUUAUCCUGCAGAGCUCAGAAGGCAGGAGUGGGUGGCUGGGAGGUUUGCCUGGGCUGGCAGAGAUGUACCCAUGCGCUGACGGCUGAGAACCACGCUGACCCAGGUAUAACCGGGAUGUCGGCAAAGGCCCCGUUCUGCUUCCUAGCAGUAGUGGGAUUUCAGCCACAGCUUGCCCAAGACAGCUCUGCCCGGUCUCUUCUCACCAGUUCCACAUGUCUGAGGGAACGUUGGCUAGCCAGGGCCAAGGAUGUUGUGCCUGGUGCUGUGAUGUUUAAGAAGAAAAUCAAGGCAAGAUGAAGCAGGGCCCAUGGCCACCUUUUGUCAUUUGACCUGCCAAGGGUGCCUGUGUCUGGGGUGUAUGAACCCUGGGGUUGGGGCACUCCUGCUCUGCAGUGAUAAAGGGGAUCCUGUUGUGUUUUUUCUUUUCUCUCCUUUUUCUUUUUCUUUCUUUUUUUUUUUUUUUUUUUUUUUCUGAAGCUAGGCUGGGUGCACUGCCUCUGUUGCCUGGGUCUCGAUUCAGUGGUCUUGAUCUCAGCAGAUAGCUGUGUGGUGACUCAUUUCAGUGUGGCAUUCCCUCUGGGCUUACUUGGCAGAGAGAGGGCCAGAAAUGUGCAGCAGCAUCUCCCAGACGUUUCCUGGAGACUCUUCAAGCAGGGUUUUCCCAGAAGUUGGGAGAUGCUCCUGGCAGGGCCAACUCUUGCAGGGCAAUUCAGUUGCUUGGGACAGGCUGAAGAAGAGGACACACCACACUUGGAAACCAGUGACCCACUGCUUUCCUUAAGGAAGACUGUUGUUAUGGAGCUGCGUCCAGUCAGCUGCAGCUUUGCAACUCGACUGGUGGGUUGCCAGAGCGCUGCCUGCCCGGUCGUAUAUGUGGCAGAGCUGUGGGGAAGCGCCUCGCUAGCGUGGGCGCAGUGUGUGCCAGGGGUUGCGUGUGAGCCUUGUCCGGACCACGGCAUAUGAAGGGACGUUACCACUUUGUAGAUUCCUCAGUUGUCCAUCUGUUUCAUUGUUGUAUUGUUUGGGUUCUAGUUUUUUUUUUAUGAAGACAGAUUAAAUGUAAAUAGCCUUUUUUUGGAACAAACUGCAACGUGCUCGACCUCGUCAACUAUUUUAUGGUACUAAUGCAACACUAAUAAAACUGGACGUGAAAGCA